AUGGUCCAACAAGUCUGGUACUCGGGUCACGAUCAUGACGGACAAGUUACACUGUCCAGCGGUAUUCAACAAUGGACUGUGCCGUAUACUGGUGAAUACAGAAUAGAAGCAAUAGGAGGAGCAGGAGGAUACGAUUCCCACCCCAACAGCGCUAAGUAUCGAGGAAGAGGAGCAAGAAUGAUUGGAACAUUCAGCUUAAGCAAGGGAGAAGUCAUUCAGAUACUUGUUGGUCAAGAAGGAGGGAUUAACAAGCACUACCCUUCUUCUGGCGGUGCUGGAGGUACAUUUGUGGUGAGGGGAGGCAACACACCUUUGAUUAUAGCCGGAGGUGGAGGAGGAAUACAGAAUCCAAGUUCAAGACAUCCAGGAUGUGAUGCUAAUGCUGGUUCUUCGGGAAAUCCUGGGUACGGGUCAUGGUCAGGAGGGAACCAUGGAUAUGGUUCACAGAUUGCUGAUGGUGGUUAUUCCGGUGGCGGCGGCGGAGGUUUCUACUCCAGCGGCAGAAGUUCAAAGCAGUUUGGUGGUACCAUGGGAACUGGUGGAGAGGGUGGUAAGGGAUUCUUACAGGGAGGGGUGGGAGGUAAAGCCAAGAUGAAGAGUGCUGAUGGUGGAUUUGGUGGAGGGGCAGGUGGUUAUGGAUGGUCAGGGGGUGCGGGAGGAGGAGGAGGGUACUCUGGAGGAAGCAGUGGCAAUCAUAGCUGGAAUUCUUGUGGAGGCGGUGGAGGAUCUUAUAAUGUUGGUAAAUAUCAACAAAAUGACUGUUGCUAUCGAUCAAAUGGUCAUGGUCAGGUGAUCAUAACUUUAUUGUAA